AAACAGGUUGGUCUUUUUAUUUAUUCUAUCCGAAUGAAAUCAAUCGAUUUUUUUGUUUUAGAUUUUUUAUAUAACUGAUGGUCAAACUCUUCGUGGAUUGCUUGUACAAAGUGAUUGUCGUAAUUGAAGUAAAGCUCUUCAAAUACAGUAUAUUUUAUUUGAAAUAAUAUAAAAAUCAAAGAAAGAUUUUGUUUCUGUUUUUUUUUUUGGUAGAAUAUAAACCAUUUGACAGAGUGAGGGUGUGGGUGUAGGGGACGGGUGUGGGUGUGUGUGUGUGGGGGUGGGGGGGAGGGUGGAGGUGGGUGUCGCUUCUUCCUUACACCCACACCCACACCCACACCCUUUUUGGUCAGUAAUUCUAGUUUUUGUAGCUGAUUAUGGUUUGAAGGAGAUUUUAUAUUUCAUAUUUAAGUGGACUACGUUGUUCUAUUCAUCAGAAACCUUUUUUCAUGAGGUUCAAAUCAUGAAUGGACAAGAUACAGAGGCAAGAAGCUGAAUAUAAAGCUGAAUGGCUGCCGGAGAAAGGAUUGACUUUUUUCGCUAUUAAAAGACUUUGAACACUUAAUAUACUGAUAUUCGUAAUCAGCACAUUUGACUCUACCAACAAAUAUACAUUUCAAUAGAAUUAAAAAAAGAAGUUUUUCAGAGAUCCACGUGGGGGACCACGGGUCCCAAAAACUUUUUGGUCGGUUGUACGAAAAUAAACCUAAGGAACAUGAUCAGGGACCAUACCUUACUUCAAAUCGAUAAAAAAAAGUCAAUUUUGUUAGGGGCGAAAAAAAUGGCCUUAUCCGCCCUCAUCCUUUAAUCAAUGAAUAUUACCAAUGUUCAAACACAUUUUUGCCAUGUGACGUAAUCAAUGGUUUCAUCUACGAACAUUUGAAAAACAAAAAUCAACAACAACCGACUAUUGCCCUACAUACAGAUGGAGCACCUGUGACUAAAAUAGGUGGAAAAUCAUUGUGGCCAAUACAAGCAACUAUUCUUGAAAUCCCACCUCCCAUUAGAGAUCAUAAAAGUGCUGUCAUGAUAUUUGGUGCUUGGUUAGGUGGAACUCAUCCGAAUAUGGAAUUAUUAUGGAAUAAUAUUGUUGAUCAAAUUCAGGAUUUAUAUGAAAAUGGAAUUAUACUAAAAUUAAAUGAUCAUUUGAAAAUAAAAUUUAAUAUUCGAGUACAAUUAAUUACAUUUGAUUUACCUGCACUUGCUCACAAUUGUAACAUAAUCCAAUUCAAUGGUUACGAUGCUUGCCCAGUUUGCAAAACACAUGGCUAUGCUAUUGGUACGCAGAUAUUUUAUCCAUUUUCUCAAGCAUCAUUAAUUAAAAAGACCGAUACUGAUUAUCUUCGAUUAUCAACGUUAGAUUUGCCAAGAUUUCGAUCACAUGGUAUUAAAGGUCCAAUUCCAUUAACAAAAAUUAUGUUAUUUCCUUCACAAAUUGCUGUGGACUAUAUGCAUCUCGUGUGUAGCGGCCACUUUAAAACUUUAAUCGUCUAUUGGAACCAGUUACUAUUGCCAGAUGUUUUUGAACAAGUAUCGAAUUUUUUAUUGUCAAUUACAUUACCACACUCGUUUGGAUAUCAAUUUAUGCCAUUAGUUUAA